UUACCUUUUCAUUCAAAUUCUUGUAUCGAAAUACACUAAAAUUUAGAAAACUAAACAAAAAUUAUAAAAUGAUAAUUGCCUCUCGAUUGUUAACCCAUGUGGGCAAACUGCCUCCCAUGGUCCAGCAGCUUGGAUGCAUCAACCGCGGCCUCAAGGUCUCCGUUGUGGGUUCGGUGGGUGGAAUCGGCCAGCCGCUGUCUCUUCUACUCAAGCUAAAUCCGGACAUCGAGAAGCUAUCGCUGUAUGACAUAAAGAACACAACCGGAGUAGGGGUAGAUCUAUCCCAUAUCAACACCCGUGCUUCGGUGUGCCCAUUCGAGGGUAAGGAUGGUUUAAAAAAGGCUAUGGACAAGGCUGAUAUAGUGGUGGUACCGGCGGGCUUGCCACGUAAGCCCGGAAUGAAGCGCGAAGAUUUGGUGGACGUGAAUGCCACCGUUGCCUGCGAAGUGGCUGUUGCGGCUAGUGAAGUUUGUCCCGGUGCCAUGCUGGCCUUCAUCACGAAUCCCAUCAAUGUGAUAGUGCCCAUCGUGGCCACCAUUCUGAAGGCAAAGGGCACAUACGACCCGAAUCGACUAUUCGGUGUCACCAGUCUGGAUGUGGUACGAGCCCAGACCUUUGUGGCGGACAUCCUCAACUCCAAUCCACAGAAAGUGAAUAUACCCGUGAUCGGCGGCCACACAGGUCGCACCAUCCUACCCAUCCUGUCGCAGUGUGAUCCUCCCUUCAACGGCACUGUCAAGGAGCGCGAGGAGUUGAUCAAACACAUCCAGAACGCGGGCACAGAGGUGGUUAAUGCCAAGGAUGGUCUGGGAUCGGCCACCCUAUCAAUGGCUUUUGCAGCCUCUCAUUUCAUAAACGCAUUGAUCAGGGGAAUCAAGGGCUCGAAGGACCAGUGCGUUGUGGAGUGCGCCUAUGUGGAGUCUGAUGUCACCGAGGCCCAGUUCUUUGCCACUCCUUUGGUACUGGGACCCCAGGGUAUCGAGCAGAAUACGGGAUUGCCCGAAUUAGACGACGAAGAGAGGAAAGCUCUAGACUUCAUGCUGCCCAUUUUGAAGGAGAGUAUCGAGAAGGGUAUCAAGAUAGGCGAGGAUAUGAUGAACAGUUGCGUAUAGCAAUGGAAAUAUAACGUGCAUCAACAGUUUAUUCAGAUUUUGGUCAUUUGAGUUUUGUUAAAUUUCUGAUGAUAGAAAAUGUUUAAUGCAAUCUUAAAAAGGCCCGAAAACGGAUUCAAAUUAUAAGUUUUAUAGCCGUAAUGCUGGUAAGCUC